UUUGACGAUACAAAUCCUGACGCCGAAAGAAGAGAGUAUAUUUCUCACAUUGAAGAAAUUGUUAAGUGGAUGGGUUGGGAACCCUUCAAGAUUACAUACACAAGUGAUUAUUUCCAGAAGAUGUAUGAGUUGGCAGUGAAGUUGAUCGAGAGAGGACACGCAUAUGUUGAUCACCAGACUGGAGAAGAGAUCAAAGAGUACAGGGCGAAGAAAAUGAACAGCCCUUGGAGGGAGAGGCCUAUCUCAGAAUCUUUGAAACUUUUUGAAGAAAUGAAAUGUGGAAAGAUUGAAGAAGGGAAGGCAACGCUAAGAAUGGAAAUGGAUAUGCAGAAUGAUAAUUAUAAUAUGUAUGACCUUAUUGCAUAUCGUAUAAAGGUUACGCCUCAUCCUCGUACAGGUAACAAAUGGUGUAUCUACCCAAGCUAUGAUUAUGCGCAUUGCAUUGUUGAUUCUCUUGAGAACAUAACACAUUCGCUCUGUACGCUCGAAUUUGAAACUCGACGUGCUUCUUACUACUGGCUAUUACAUUCUCUGGGACUCUACAUGCCUCAUGUGUGGGAAUAUUCACGGUUGAAUAUAAGAAACAAUGUGAUGUCAAAGCGUAAGUUGAUUUACCUUGUUGAAAACAAUCAUGUCGAUGGUUGGGAUGAUCCGCGUCUGAUGACACUUGCUGGUUUGAGACGGAGGGGUGUGACUCCGACCACGAUCAAUGCUUUUAUACGGGAAAUUGGCAUUACUAGAAGUGAUGGUUGCAUGAUAAAUGUGGAUCGUCUUGAGUUUCAUAUUAGAACGGAGUUGGAAAAAACCGCUCCCCGAGCCAUGGUGGUGGUUGAUCCUUUUAAAGUGGUCAUCACCAAUAUGGAAUCAGAUAAGGUCAUAGAGCUUGAUGCACAAAGGUGGUACGAUGGUCGAAGUGACGACCCCUCGGUCUUUUACAAGGUUCCUUUCUCUAGAGUUGUAUACAUUGACCGAGAUGAUUUCCGACUGGAGGAUUCAGAAGAUUACUAUGGGCUUGCCCCUGGUAAAUCAGUUCUACUAAGAUAUGGUUACCCUAUCAAAUGCACUGAUGUUGUUUAUGCUGUAGACAAUGAAACUAUUGUUGAGAUCCACGUAGAGUAUCAUCCUGUAAAGACGACGUAUCAUCCUGAAAUGCCGAAGAAGAAACUAAAGAGUUUACAUUGGGUCGCUGAACCCUCCCCUGGAGUAGAGCCAUCGAAGGUCGAACUUCGGCUUUUCGAUAAACUUUUUAAUUCAGAGAACCCAGCAGAACUAGAGAAUUGGCUCGACGACAUCAACACAAACUCAAUAAAGGUAGUUUCAAAUGCUUUUGCUGUACCAGCCCUUAAAGAAGCUGUGCUUGGGGACAUAUUCCAGUUCGAGAGGAAAGGUUAUUUUGCGGUUGACAAAGAUUCUACCCCCGACAAGCUAGUGUUCAACCGGACAGCCAAAUGGAAAGAGAUCCCCGGUAAAGCUAGCAAGUGAUAACACUCAGGCCCCUUCUAGAUCGAGGACAAACGAAUUAAAUAA